UCAGCUCAAUAGUCGAACUUCUCUAACCCUUCUCUCUUCUCUAAAAAUUCUCCAGGAAAAUCGAAAACUUUCUCGGGAAAAUCUUUACACUUUUGCUUUUCGAGAACCAUGACUGGCGUUGAUGAUGAUGAUAAGAACUUCAAAGAAGAACCUGAGAUUCAAGUUUUAAGCGACGACGAUAGUGAUGAAGAACAAGUUAAAGACGUAGGUGAAGAAGGUAGCGACGAAGAUGAUGAUGAUGGAAGUGAAGGAGAUGAUGAUGAUGAUGAGGAAGAAGAAGAAGACGAUGAUGAUGAUGAUGUUCAGGUUUUGCAGUCUUUAGGUGGUCCUCCUGUACAAUCAGCGGAAGAUGAAGAUGAAGAAGGUGAUGAAGAUGGAAACGGUGAUGACGAUGAUGAUGAUGGAGAUGAUGAUGAUGACGACGAUGAUGAUGAUGAUGAGGAUGCUGAAGAUGAGGGGGAUCUUGGGACAGAGUACUUAGUGAGGCCAGUUGGUAGAGCUGAGGAUGAGGAGGAUGCAAGUGAUUUUGAGCCGGAAGAGAAUGGUGUGGAAGAGGAUAUUGAUGAAGGAGAAGACGAUGAGAACGAUAACUCGGGUGGUGCUGGGAAAUCAGAGGCUCCACCGAAGCGGAAGAGAGCUCCUGAAGAAGAUGAAGAGAAUAGUGGUGAUGAAGAUGAUGACAGACCUCCAAAGAGGUAGUUGUCGGAUCUGACAACAACACAAUGAGACCAGAGAGCUUUUAUGUUUUUAUAAAAAUUUGGUGUUGUGAGAUUUGAAUCAUUGGUUGGGGUUCAUGUAAGUUUAUUAUGCAGCAACAAGUAGUAGUUUUAAGUUUUUUAAGUAGGACUCUUUUAUUUUAUUUUAUGCAUUGCUGUUUCUUCUUUUACUUUUAUUUAGUGAGUCAAUAACCAAUGAAUGUUUCUCCAACAAUUUACUUACCUAGUCUCUAAUGCUUUUUUCUU